GAGAGGAAAACAUAUAGAAAUUCGUAUUUUCAGUUUUCUUUUUCAAUUUGUAAUUAUUAUUUAUUAUUAUAUUCCCCGAUUUCUCCACCGAUCACCGGUUGGUGAGGUCUCCAUUUAAGUUCGAGCUCUUUCUCUCUCUCAUAUUCGAAUCGAACCUCAGGCAUCGACUGUCGCCAAAGUUCGCCGGAGAAUCGGGCUCGGCCACCGCUCUCCGAUGAUCGAUUCAUAGGAUACGAUGGCGGAGAACAGGAGCGCCGCCGUGAACGACGGCGAACCAGAACCGGAAGAGAAGGAACACCACCACCACCACAACAACAACAACAACAAUAAUGACAACAAUACCGAGAAGAGUUCAGAUCCGGAGCUGUUCUGCUGUUUGCUGCAGCCCGCCACCACCGACGGCGAUCCCAAGUACAUCGGCAUUCGCCGUCUACUCCUUCACCGGAAGGCUGAGGCCGGAGUUCUCCGCCGUAAAGAUUGGAGAUGCAAUGGAAAAACUUACGUGGCUUACCGGAAUUACAUAUGUAGGCCUAGGGACUGGGAAAGUUCUCGUGUCCCAAGCCUCCAAAGUACUCCAGGAAACAGUGGCCGAUGGAUUGCACCUCCAAGUCCACUCUCCCGUUGGUCUGAGGUGGACAGCUGGGGUUCUGGGCGGGAUGUGCAAAGUGCAAAUCGAGUAUUUAAUCAUAGAACAAGUUUUGGCUCAACUGCAAGUGAUUCUGAUCGUCCACGGCAUCGUGGGGUUGAGCCUGCCUAUUCUUUUGUAGGAAUGCAUUGCAUCUUUGAUCAGUGCAAAGCCUCUGUUACGGUGUUAAAGUUUGGGCACAUGAGUUCUGAUCUACUUGCUUAUGGGGCAUCAGAUGGAACCUUGACUGUGUGCAGUGUUUCUGAGAAACCUUCAGUCCUCAAACAGUUAAAUGGGCAUUCCAAAGAUGUCACAGAUUUUGAUUUUUCAUCAAACAAUCAGUACAUUGCAUCGUCUUCAUUGGAUAAAACUGUUAUAGUAUGGGAGAUAGCAAAAGGAAUUUGCAUACGGGUGAUAUAUGGAGUUUCUUCACAAUUGUGCAUCCGUUUUCACCCUGUAAAUAACAACUUCCUCUCAGUUGGCAAUGCAAAUAAAGAAAUCAAUGUGUUCAAUUUUAGCACUGGAAGGAUAAUUAAUAAAUCAGUAUUUGACAGUGAAGUUACCUCUAUGGACCAUGAUCAUACAGGACAUCUCAUAUUUUGUGGAGAUGCACAGGGAUGUAUAUACUCAGUAAAUAUGAACUCCUACACAGGUGUAUUAUCCCGCGCUCAUCGUCAUCGAAGUAGCAGCAGGCACAAAUCUCCUGUUACAACAGUGCAGUAUCGGAGUUUCUCUCUACUGGCUCGAGGACCUGUAUUGUUGACAUGUACGCAAGAUGGAAAUCUGUCUUUCUUCAGUGUGGCUUUGGAGAUAAAAGGUUAUUUAACUCUUCGAUGCUCGCUCAAAUUAGCUCCGCGUAUACACAAAAUUCAAGCUUCUUUCUGCCCUCUUCUUUCCCUUGAGAAAGGAGAAUUCAUAGUUGCUGGAAGUGAGGAUUCAAAUGUCUAUUUCUAUGAUUUAACACGGCCAAAGCAUACAUGUGUAAAUAAGCUACAGGGUCAUCGGUUUCCAGUAAUGGAUAUUGCUUGGAACCAUGGAGAGAACUUUUUGGCUUCAUCCGAUUUUUAUGGCGUAGUAAUUGUUUGGAAGAGAGAAAGAACAGAUCAAAAUAAGAAUAUAUAGCAAUAGAAGUUUAGAGCAUAUAGUUGAGGGCUUGUGAAGAUGGCAUUCUUUACAUUAUUUUCCUUUUGAUUUUUUCAUCUUUCUUUUGUAUCCUUUGUACUAUUAUUUUUUUAUUUUUGCUACAAGGGACUUUGUAUCAAUGAAGUUAAUCAAUUAAUCAUCCAUAACCUCAGAGCAAACGGACAAAUCAUCUUUAGAAAGUAUAUUCAUGUAUCUUGCCCGGAGGAAAAAGUAUUCUUUGUGAGACAUGAUUUGAGAUUUUGUAUACCAAAUUUGAGGGGUAUAUUUUAUUGAUACUGCACCAUGUAAUUUUAUACAAUUAAAGAA